AUGCCGUUUGAUACCAGGUAUCUAGAACUAGAUCUGGAGCUAAGAAACUCAGCUGUUAAAAGUGAUUACAUUCAUAGUGGCGUGAAUAGUUCUGUUCGUGACAAGAAUCCUCCUCCUUCGAUCGCAGCACCAGAAGAAUAUAAGUGUAAGGUGAAUGGAGAAAAUGAGACUAGCAAAGUCAAAGAGGAUGUAGAGGCUGUUGAUUCAGUAAAAAGGAAAAUAUGUACUGGAUGCUCCAGGUCUGAGAAACCUGGACUGUGUGAGAACCACUGGACCGAUGGCAUGGCUACUGAAAGAUUGGCUGCACUCAUCCAUAGCAACCAGAUGUCUGGUAACCUUAUCCAUAGCAACCAGAUAACUGAGAGCCUCAACCAUAGCAACCAGAUAACUGACAGCCUCAACCAUAGCAACCAGAUGUCUGGUAACCUUAUCCAUAGCAACCAGAUAACUGAGAGCCUCAACCAUAGCAACCAGAUAACUGACAGCCUCAACCAUAGCAACCAGAUGUCUGGUAACCUCAUCCAUAGCAACCAGAUAACUGAGAGCCUCAACCAUAGCAACCAGAUAACUGACAGCCUCAACCAUAGCAACCAGAUGUCUGGUAACCUUAUCCAUAGCAACCAGAUAACUGACAGCCUCAACCAUAGCAACCACAUAACUGAGAGCCUCAACCAUAGCAACCAAAUGUCUGGUAACCUCAUCCAUAGCAACCAGAUAACUGACAGCCUCAACCAUAGCAACCAGAUGUCUGGUAACCUUAUCCAUAGCAACCAGAUAACUGACAGCCUCAACCAUAGCAACCACAUAACUGAGAGCCUCAACCAUAGCAACCAGAUGUCUGGUAACCUUAUCCAUAGCAACCAGAUAACUGACAGCCUCAACCAUAGCAACCACAUAACUGACAGCCUCAACCAUAGCAACCAGAUGUCUGGUAACCUCAUCCAUAGCAACCAGAUAACUGACAGCCUCAACCAUAGCAACCAGAUAACUGACAGCCUCAACCAUAGCAACCAGAUACCUGACAACCACAGCUCUAGCAUCCAGAUGACUUCAAACCGAACCCCUGAAAAUCAGCCUACUUACAACCUUACCUCUAAGAAUCAAACGACCGACACCCCACCCACUUUGCAAUACCCUUGUGAGGACACACCCCUAGAACCACCAACAAGCGAUCAAAAGACAUACAUGUCCAGCCUACCACGGACUAAAAAAGUGAUUUUAAUUCUUCUUCUCGUCGCUUUCUUCUCUGCGGGAUGUGGGUUCUCUCUACCCGCGCCUUUCUUCCCACAAGAGGCAGAAAUCAAAGGCGUCUCCAACACUGUGAUUGGGCUGAUAUUUAGCACGUAUGAAUUCAUGAUCUUCCUGUCUUCUCCGUUGUAUGGUAACUAUUUGAUGAAAAUAGGGCCAAAGUUCAUGUUGGUGUCCGGAACUAUUGUUGCUGGAACAUGUUCUAUCCUGUUUGGUCUAUUGGACAUGUGUCCAAAAGGAGACGUGUUUAUAGCACUUUGCUUUGCUUGUCGAUCUAUCGAGGCCUUAGCGAUAUCGGCCCUUUUAGCCUCUGGAUUUGCGAUUAUUUCAAAUGAGUUCCCACAGAAUGUGGCCACGAGUUUUGCGGUCCUAGAAAUGUCUGAUGGUGCUGGUCUAAUGGUAGGGCCCGCGGUUGGUGGUUUCUUAUUUCAGAUUGGUGGAUACGGCCUACCGUUUUUUGUUGUUGGGUCUCUGAAUUUAUUUGUGGGUACAGUUGUGCAUUUCUUGUUACCAGUUCCUCAAGGAAUGAAGGACGAAAGAAAAGGCAGCAUAUUUUCCCUGCUGAAGCACCCUAUGGUGUGGUUUACUGGUGCCAGUAUCAUCAUUUGUGCCGUGGGGGUGUCGUUCCUAGACCCCACACUGGCUAAACAUUUAGAACAGUUCAACCUAUCGACUUCACUUAUAGGCCUGAUGUUUGUCAUUACUCCAUGUUUGUAUGCAGUGACGUCACCGGUGUGGGGGAGGAUCAGUGACUCAAUGAAUAUAAACGGCACUUUGAUAACCCUGGGUAACCUGAUGUGUGGGUUAGGGUUACUGGUUGUGGGACCUAGUCCAUUUUUACCUUUCUUACCUGUAGAAUUGUGGGUCAUUAUUUUAGGUCUGGUUAUACUGGGAUUUUUCUAUGCCCUCGCCAUUGUACCUACUAUGAACUGCUUGCUGAUUGGCGCAAUUGAGCUGGGCUUUGAAAACAACCUGGAGACGUACGGCAUUGUUGUUGGGCUAUUUAAUUCUAUUUACUACCUGGGCACUUUCAUUGGUCCUAUGCUGGGCGGUGUGUUGAUUGAAGAGUUGGGCUUUAGGGCAGGAGCUACUGUCAUCAGUGAGAUCUACUUUGUUGUGAUGAUCAGCUGUGGCCUAUAUUUCCUCUACCGUCACCUCAGAUCAAAACCCAACAAAAAUUCUUCCCGUCUGGACUACGGUACUAUUAGGCCUGAGACACAGACGAUGGUUACGCUGAGAAUAAACUGA